CGUAGCAAGAGGCAAAUAAAGGAACACAGCUAAGAGUUUGUUUAGAAAACAUCCUGGGUUACCGCGGAGCAAAGGUCGCCCUACGGGAUCGUCGACUUCAAAGACUCAUAUUGCCUGAGGAAGAAACCCUGAAGAGGAAGAAGAGGAAAGAAAGAGGAGUCUGGAAUGGCUCUUACUCAGGCACAGUUGACAUUCAAGGAUGUGGCCAUAGAAUUCUCUCAGGAGGAGUGGGAAUGCCUGGACCCUGGUCAGAGGGCCUUGUACAGGGAUGUGAUGUUGGAGACCUACAGGAACCUGCUCUCCCUGGAUACCUCUCUUAAAUGUGUGAUCAAGGAAUCAGCACCAAAAGAGAACAGUCAUACAGGGGAAAUGUUGCACACAGUGUUGUUGGAAAGACAUGAAAGCUGUGAGACUGAGGACUAUGGCUGUAGGGAAAUCCAGAGACAUACGCGUGACUUUGAGUACCAGUGGAGAAGUGACAAAAGAAAUUACAGAGGAGUGCCUGUCACCCAUAAAAAACAUCUCACUGGUAGAAGAGAUGAAGGAAACAAGCCUAUUGAAAACAGGCUCGGACUAAGCUUUCAGUCACAUCUGGCUGAACUGCGGAUAUUUCCAACUGAAGGGCAAUUUUAUGAGUAUCAUCAAGUUGAGAAGUCUGACAACAGUGGUUCCUCAUUUUCAGUACUUCAGAGAAUUUUCCCGAGUGUCCAAACCAACAUUUUUAAUGAAUAUGGGAAUGAUUUCUGGCAUUCUUCAUUACUCACACAAGACCAGAAAGCAUACACUAGGGAAAAACCUUACAAAUGUGAUGAGUAUGACAAAGCAGUUAAUCAUGGCUCACAACUCACUAACCAUCAGGUAAUCCACACAGGUGUGAAACCUUACAAAUGUGAUGUAUGCAGCAAAGCGUUUAAUCAGAGCUCACAUCUCACUAGACAUCAAAGAAUCCACACGAAAGGGAAACAUCACAAGUGUGAGGAAUGUGGUAAGGGCUUCAGUUACAGUUCACACCUCGUACGUCAUCACAGAAUUCACACCGGAGAGAAACCCUACCAGUGUGGCGGGUGUGACAAAGCCUUUAGUGUGUAUUCAAGUCUUAUUUAUCAUCAGGUCAUCCAUACUAGCGAGAAACCGUACAAAUGUAAUGAGUGCGGCAAAGUCUUUAGUCAGAGUUCAAGCCUUACUAAUCAUCGCAGGAUUUAUACUGGAGAGAAACUAUACAAAUGUAAUAAAUGUGGCAAAGCCUUUAAUCAGAGCUCCCACCUCACUCGACAUCAGGUCAUGCACACUGGAGAGAAACCCUACAAAUGUAGUGAGUGUGGGAAGGUCUUCACUCAAAACUCAAGCCUCGUAAGUCAUCGGAGAAUUCAUACUGGGGAGAAGCCGUACAAAUGUAACGAGUGUGGCAAAGCGUUUGGUGUGUAUUCAAGUCUUACUUAUCAUCAGGUCACCCAUACUAGAGAGAAACCUUACAAAUGUAAUGAGUGUGGCAAGGUCUUCAGUCAGAGUUCAAGCCUUCCUAGUCAUCGCCGGAUUCAUACCGGAGAGAAACCUUACAAAUGUAAUCAGUGCGGCAAAUCCUUUAUUCAUUGCUCAAACUUCAACAGACAUAAGAAAAUCCGCACUGGAGAGAAACUUUACCAAUGCAGUGAGUGCGGCAAGGUCUCCACUCAAAACUCAAGCCUCGUAAGUCAUCGGAGAAUUCAUGCUGGAGAGUAACCUGACCAAUGUAACGAGUGUGGCAAAAUAAUACAAGUUCAAGCAUGGAUUGACACUAGAGAGUCCACACUAAAGAGAAAUUACAUCAGGGUAACAUACAGGACAGAGGACUUGUACAGACUUCGCAACUGACUAGACAUCAGAAUAUACAUCUUUGAUGAAGCCACAAGAACGUAAUGUGUGUAUAAAGGCUCUUAUCCAUA